CUUUUCUCCAUCAAACUAUUACUUAUAAUAUCAAAAUUAUCAAAAUGGUUUCCAAGCUAGCGAACGAAACUUUACAACAUAUCUUUAGUUAUAUUGAAGAUGCUAGCGUAUUAUAUUCAAUAAUCCAAGUAAACCAUAAUUGGUGUGAGAAUGGUAUUAAAUUUUUAUGGAGUAAUCCCUUCAGAGACGAUAUUGAUAUAAUAAAUCAUACAAAAAUCUUACCUGUUUUAAUACCUUUCCUAAAAAAAGACAAGUUAUUAGAAAUUAAAAAUGGAAAUAAUACGAUGAUAUAUGAUAUUGGCUUGUUCGAUUAUCCUCGUUUUAUUACUCACUUAGACUAUAGUAGCUGUUUUAGAAUUGUCUUAAAGUAUUUUGAAAAUAACAAAGAAGAUUUUGAAUAUUUUAUAGAUUUUCUUGAAAAAAGAUAUUUUGAAAGAUCUGAAUCAACUUUAUUUCAGACUAUGUCUGAUGAUUCAGAACUAAGUAAAAUCUUAGUUAUAACUUUAAUUAUUUUAACUGUUAUAUCACAUGGAACACCAAAGAUCUUGUGGCUUAAAAUAGACAUCAAGUACAAUGAUAUUAAAAGAUUUCUAAAUGUUACUGAUUAUGACAGUGAUGAGGAAGAUGAUACUGAUGAUGAUGAGCGUAUAGAAGUUUCAGAGAUCAAAAGUCGCUAUAGAAUAAUUAUUAAUAUUGAAAGUUCUUUUUCUUGUUUCUUAAAUGCGGAUGAUAUCAAGGCAUUAUUUGCAAAUUUAAAAUAUUUAGAACUUGGAAAAUUAACUAUUAAACUUUCUAUUUUAGAAGUUUUAGCCAACAUUUGCAAACAACUAAAAACUAUAAAAAUAGAAGAACGUUAUUUUCAAUUGAUUAGAGAACCUCUUGUAGCAUUAAUAAAAAAUCAGAAUAAUCUAGAAAAUUUACGAAUUUCGGGAAUUGCUAACUCAUUAAAAUUAGAAUAUGAGGCAACAAUAUUUGAAAUAUUCUCAUCUUUGGAAUUAGUUGCUCGUUCUCUUAAAAAAAUCAAAAUACGUGGAAUACUUGUUACAAACGAUGAAACAUUUAAAUUCUUUGAUAAAUGUAGAAAUUUGGAAAUUUUAUCUUUGGAUACUACAUAUGUUACCUCCAAGAAUUUUGAAAAGAUUUCUUUAGCAGAAUUACCAAAGUUAUGUACUUUGAAAUUAUUUGAUGUUUGUAGCAAUGAAGAAUAUGACAGAAUAACAAAUCCAAUUCAAGCGAUUUUUCAAAAUAAAAAGAUAUCGCUAGAUUUGCGUGAACUCAGUCUAUUAAAUGAAUCUAUAGAAAAUCAUCAUCUUUUAGGAUCAAUUGGUGAAAAUUUUAGAAAUCUUAGUUUUUUUUCUACGCAAAUCACUGCAGAUAGUGAUAUUCCAUACAUAUUCACUAUCCUUAAUAAUUCUCCAAAGCUUGAAGAACUUCGAUUGGUAAUUCCAUUGCCAUAUACUUCUAUUGUUAAUACUGGAUUUAUCACUGAUUUGGUAAAGGUUUUACCAGAUCGAAUAAAUGCGAUUAAUUUUUUUAAUUUGAUUUGUUGCAUAGACAAAUAUAGAUACUUUUUAGAGAAUUGUACAGUAAAUCUAAAAUAUUUUCAUGUUGAUUUUUCGGUUGAUAUUAAUAAUUAUAAAGAAUUUGUAGAGUUUGCUAAAAUAUGGUCAAAGGAAAAAGGAAAAGAGAUUAAGAAUUGUCGGGAAAGUAGAAGAAAACUUUAUAUCGCGUGGAAAUGAAUUAUCAGCUGUGAUAAAGGACCGAUAUCACAGAUGCUAUAUAGCUGUUGCUGUAUUAGCAAAUUUCGAUACGAAAUAAAAAAAUUUUUUUGUAUAAAUUUAUUCAAGAAUUGUAUUUAAUGAUAUAAAUAGAAAUCAUUGUCUAUAAAAUGAUCGCGACGCCUGGGAGUCCAAAUUAUACUUCAAUUACCAUCGACUACUGUUGCGUACCUUAGUGCGUUCCCACUUAAAAUUAAAUAUUUUUACCUAAUACGACGAAAUGCGGUAAAAUAAUAGAUCAAUUUCGAAUUAGUGAUGAGUGAAAGACAUGGCAAUGAUAAGAAAAUGAAUGAUUAAAAGCAAAUUUCUAAUGUACUGUAUAUAAUAAAAAACGAGAUUGUGAU